UCAUUCCACGUCAGAAUUACACUCCAUCGCUUGACCACUGGGGAGGGUUUUAAAGUUUCAUAGAUUCAAAGAUGCUAAGCAAAGGAAUAGCAAAGUGGCAGGACUUUUAGGUGUCACUAUCAGGGAUCCAAGACGAAAGAGUGCCUUGUCUCUUGUGUUUUGACUGAUGCAAUCAUGUGGAUAUACGCACAUUUGGAUCCUGGCCUCAGUCUUCCUCAUUUAUAUGCUGCUUGGUGUGACAAUGGGGAUUCCAGGGCCUGUGCAGUCCACUUACACAGAACGUCAAGUCGAUACGCCCACGAAAGAAGGAACACAAAUAAUGUCCAUUAGGUGGGAACAUGUGCAAACGCCUUAUAUGGUUGCAGCAUUCGUACUGUUGGCUUUUUUAGCCAAGCUAGUGAUCGAGGUUAACCAUCAUGUGACCAGCAUCAUCCCAGAGAGUGCCUUGCUCAUUUGCUUUGGUUUCAUCCUGGGCAGUAUCAUCUUGAGUGCAGGCAAGACCUUCAAGCUCACUCCGACCGUUUUCUUCUUCUUCCUUCUGCCUCAAAUCGUUCUGGAUGCAGGCUACUUUAUGCCAAACAGACUGUUCUUCAGCAACAUGGGCACCAUUCUGGUCUACGCUGUCGUUGGGACCUGCUGGAACGCCGCCAGCUUGGGGUUCACGCUGUGGGUGUGUGACAUGGGAGGAGCCAUGGGUAGUGAUGUGAACAUGGACUUGUUGCAGUAUCUUUUGUUUGGGAGCCUGAUUUCUGCUGUGGACCCGGUGGCUGUUUUUGCUGUGUUUGAGGAGGUCCACGUCAAUGAGGUCCUCUUCAUCCUAGUGUUUGGAGAGUCACUGCUCAAUGAUGGUGUGACAGUGUUGCUCUUCCGUAUGUUUGAUGCAUUUGUUUCCAUGGGAGUACCCAACAUUGAAGUUGGUGAUAUCGUCAACGAAAUAGUUGCCUUCUUUGUGGUGGCACUGGGUGGCUCCCUCCUGGGCAUUGUGUUUGGUUUGCUGCUCUCGCUUCUGACCAGAUUCACCAAAAACAUCCAGAUCAUCGAACCAGGCUUCAUCUUUGUGGUGGGGUACCUCUCCUAUCUCACGGCUGAGUUGCUCUCCUUCUCUGCUAUCCUUUCAACCGUGUUUUGUGGCGUAUCCUGCAAGAAGUACAUCAACGCCAACAUGGAUGAGAAGUCAGUAACCACUGUCAGAUAUGCCAUGAAGGUGCUCGCUAAUGGAUCGGAAACCAUCACGUUUGUUUUCCUCGGCAUCUCGGCCUUUGAUAAAACCAUAUGGAAGUGGAACACUGGCUUUGUCAUCAUCACACUCGUUUCCAUCUUUGUGUAUCGCUUCAUAGGUAUUUUUUUUUUAACCUGGAUCAUGAACAAGUUCCGAUUGAUUCACCUUGAGGUCAUCGAUCAGAUCAUUAUGAGCUACGGUGGCCUGCGAGGGGCGGUAGCUUAUGGUUUGGUGAUGAUGCUGGAUGACAAGAUAAAUGAGAAGAAUCUAAUGGUCUCCACCACUCUGAUUGUUGUGUAUGUUACUGUGAUCGUUCAGGGACUAACACUAAAACCUCUUGUCACUUGGCUGAAAGUAAAAAGGGCUUCAGUGGCUGAGCCCACUCUUAUAGAAACAGUGCAGAAUAAGGUCUUUGAUCACAUGCUUGUCGCCAUUGAAGAUAUAGCUGGACAAUUCGGUCCCAACUACAUGAUGGACAAGUGGAAUCAUUUUGAAGAGAACUGGGUGUCGGCCAUCUUGAUGAAACCGUCUGCUAGGAAGAAUCGCGAUUACGUCUUCAAAGUUUUCCAUCAACUCAACCUUAAGGAUGCUAUAAGCUAUGUAGCUGAGGGUGAACGAAACGGCUCUUUGGCGCUUAUCCGGAAUCAAUCCGGAUUUAUUGAAAUGGAGAAAAAAUUAGUUGAAAAGCCGUCAGAGGGGAUGUCUGAUAUGGUACGCAAACGCAGUGGACCUCGCCCGAUACAGAGGAAACAGCCCAAGCCGUUUGUGAGUUUGGAAAUGCAUGAUAUGGACAAGAAUGGUGAAAAACAAGCAGAGGACAUCAGUCACCAUCUCCUGCAGAAGCAUUUAUAUAAGGGCAGAAAACAGCACCGGCACAGGUACAGCCGGAGCUAUAUCGAGGUCAACAAGGACAAACACGAGGUGCAUGAGAUCUUCAGGAGGACCAUGAAAAGCCGUUGGGAGAAUUUCAAGUCUGCUAAGAUGGGUACCACUCUGGCAAAGACAAGUAGCAAGCUCCAGAAGAAAGACACGCAAACCAAGAUUGCGCCUACAAAAUUAUGCACUUACGAAGAAGAAGAUGCAUCGGAUGACGACAGCGGCUCCGGGUACGAGGACUCAGAUGACUCGGCCAGCAUGAAGGUCACCCCUAAAACAGAAGCUGAAGAUGAAAGGCCAACCUUCAAGCUGGAGUUCGACUCUGCAGAACAAGCACCUCCCCCACAAUGGCUGCCAGAGACGGAGCCUGAUAGCACUGUGGCGGGCCCCUCACAGAGAUCCCGGGAGAGUCAGCCACGGACACGGAACAGAGCGGUGCGACAGUCAUCACGCAGAAAUCAAGACAAAAACAGAGCCAAGGACGAGCAGCCGCCACCACCACCUCCACCGUCUCCUGCUAAUAAUGAUGGUCACAUGUAGACGACACCUGUCAACGUAUUAAGUAAGAGACAAUAUGCCCAGUGGCUACCAUAAGAUACAGUGGUGUGUGUAUGCCACUUCGGAUCAUCAAAUUUAAAUAUUAGUCAAUGACAACAUAAUGAAAACAAUAUGCAGUUUUUAAAUUAAACAUUUUAUUAAGGGCAGAUUAUAUGUGUUGAUUCCUAGUUUGGGUUGCAUUAGGAAAGAACAUCUAGCGUAAUUGUUAACUAAUAAUUAACUUCAGUUUUAUGAAAAGCUGAUUCUGUGAUUAUGUAUAAAUUUGCAUCUAAUUAUCAAAACAUAAGAGAAUGCCAUAGUGUGGUCAGGCCAAAUAAACAGCAUUUGAUCUGUGUAGAUGUUUGUGAUACACUGUUGUGCCUGUUUCAUUACAAAUAGUCCAUUUCUGACAUUUCUAGGUGCCUUGUAAUAUAGUCUGUUAUUAUUCUUUCAUUUCCAGGAUCCUUUAGGUAAAAAUGAGCUCCAUCAAGCAUUCUGAUGGUGAAAUCUCCUGUCGUGAUGUCUUUCCAUGCUGUUGACAAAAACAAAGUGCAGUGAGUUGUGUGAUUGUGUAAUUUAGUUGAAGAUUACACAGUUUUUUUGUGAUUAUACCCGCCUGUACUUUGAGACAUUGUUAGCUUCCGCUAUUUAUUUAUCCUCCUAAGGACUAACCUUGCAGAUCAUGAGGAAUAUCAUCUUUCCCAUCCAAACAUGUGAUUGGGCAGGAGAGGAAUGGACUGACAGGCUUGUCGCAUCUACAGAAAACAGCAGUUACUAGUAUAAAUCAAUAUAUAUAGAUUUUUGACGUUUGCAACCCACUUGUAGUUAUCCACAACGUGCAGGUCGGCCUUCAAAGCUGGAAUGAAAAGGUUUAACACUUCCGGGUUGGCCAGCAGCUCGGGCGGAGUUCCUCCAAUUGAAGUGAGCCACUUGAGAAAAUCAU